CUGGGAGAGCGCCACACGUGCACCAGCGCACGCAUCUCUAUCGAUAUGUGCGUUUCAGUUUCAGUGUUCGGAUUGCACCAGCGUCUCUCUAUCCUUGUGUGCACUUUCGAGUCUAGUCAGCAUGCAUGGACGCUAACGGGUUGGCGGGUUAUCCAAAUAUCCUCUAACGGAAUCGCCUUGGCUUUUGAUCGGUCUCCCGGGAUAGGCUAGGUCGGACGAGCGAGAGAAAGAAACGAAGAUACAGACGUACGAAUGAAUUUUAACUACAUCGCUGACAAAGGCACCGACAUCCGGCGUAAAAACGUGAGCGUGUCUCAUUAGAAAACCUCCGGUUCACCGGAUUCAGGCGCGUAGUACAGUCAACGAAAAAAAGAAAAACAACUACACAUACGCCCCCGUUGCCCCCCCUACUACCGAUCGAAAAACUAAAAGGCGCCACCGGCGGCCAUAUUGGAUCGCGGGUGCAAAUUUUGUAUGUCGCGAGUGGUUCGGGAACAAUUUCGAAGUGAAACCGAAACGAAAUUUCUUUUAACGAGUAAGAUCUCCGACAUUCGAAGAAUAACCAAAGAAGAGACGCAAAUCGACGCAUCGGAAAGAUCGCGUGAAUCCAGCCACGGUGACUGCGAAAAUCGCGAAGAAGCUGCGAGAACCAGAAACGAUUCUUCACUCUUCUCUAAGGGCUAUGUCAGGAUAUUAUUUGUCGACUUAGUUUUUGUCCAUUACCACUCGCAAUUAAACGGAGGAUUUUGUUAUAUCAAAUGUUCGAUCUAUGAAAAGAGUGAAGAAAUUAAAGUCGAAUCUCUGUUAAAGAAAAAUGGAACGUGCUAUGUAUUUACAAGGAGCAUUGGUAAUACCCACACUUACCCUACACCGACGUAGGACUACGGUCCGUCGAAUUUCUCGGGAAGCCUGGAAACGUACAAGCUGUUUCUCCGCGCGAUAAAAAGCGACUCGACGAGAGAGCCGGGAUCCGAGAGGUCGCAACAAGAAGAAGAAGCGUAACAGGAGUUUGUUAACUGUGGCGGCCGCGUGGUAACGAUCGGGGAACACGCGGGCCCCGUUACAAGGCAGCCGGGGAAUCGCGGAAGCUCGACUCGGGACACAAUGGUACGCAGUGUCGUCGGACGGGGAACCGCAAGCCUUGCUCUCACCGAGCCGCCGAGCUUGCACAAGUAACUCCUCCGCACCUCCGCUCCUCCGCCAACUUGAGGAGGAGAUUGGUGGAGCCUGUAACAACGACGAUAUGCAGAAUCGCGAGAUGUCCGCGGGUGGCCCGUUACAUCGCGCGAUCUAACGCGACCAUGUUACGUGUGUUGCAUGCGAAAAACUUGCGGAACUGCUCCGGAGGUGGCGGGGGCCUUGCUCGAUAGGUUGCCGUUUAACAGGUGGGCCCGCUUCGGUGAUCUUAGAUAUCAGUUUAGCCAUUUGAGGACGGAUGUCGACGUACCGACGACAUCAGGACUAUGCAUAUUGCUUCAAAAGUUGCAA